CACGUGCACAUGACGUAUUUACCAAACAGGAAGUAGUGCUCUCCUCUGUGAAGGUAAAUCAACAAAAAGGCGGAAAACAAACAUGAAAAAGGUACAACUUGUGAAAACUGGUGCUGGUAGGCACUUUUAAGUAUAAUUAAAGAUAUGUUACUCGGAUAUACUAGUUCAAGAACGGUCGGCGAUGUACUGCCGCCGUUGUCCAAGUGGAGCGUUGCUCAGCACAUUCAUUCUCCUUCAAGUUCCGCUCAAAAGUCGACUUGUUAUAGCGAUGUCAAAAUCCACUAACACGCCGAACCACGAUGACUGGAACGGGGAAGAACUAAAGGAGAGCACAACCGAGCAGCAAAAUGGCACAAGGGAGCUGACAGAGGAGGAACUGCUCAUCCAUAGAGUCCACACAGAAGCAUGUGAGGCAAAAAAACAGAUGUACGUCGACCCUUCCAGUGGGUACAAGGUGUUCACAGAGUAUGCCCACCUUCGGCGAGGGACAUGCUGCGGCAGCGCGUGCAGACACUGUCCCUACGGCCAAGUCAACGUGAAGGACCCUGCCAUGAAGAAACUGACGAUGGCACUAGCCGCAGAGAAAAAGAGAGCUGUCCAGUUCGGAACUGCGACCAGACGUGCUCCGGUCUCAACCAGUUGACAGGCCGAGCAGCUCCCCUCCUGCCUCAGCUGUCCCCCGCACCCCUCACUCCAUCUCAAAACAGGCACGACAGCCCCCGCCCGCGGCCAGCGGCUUCCACCACUGUCACUAACAGCGUCUCCGUCACUGUUGGCCAGAACGUCCGCAGACUGACACACGCUUAGCAGGGGGGGGUGGAAAACUUGAGUGGCAUUUUUAUGAUGGCUAAAAGGAACAUCAAUCCCAGCGCUAGCCAUGUAUGUUUGAGUGUGUGCACGUGUGGAAUAGUGCACGCGUGUCUUGAUAUUCAAGCAGCAUUUGAGCAGCCCUUACAUCAACGUGUGGUCUUUUCUACACAGACAAUGUCAAGUCGCCUCAGGGCAGCAGCCUGCGCAGUGGUCAUAUGGACAACCAGAAUCCCUGUGGUAGAAUUAGGGAUAAAAACACACACACGGUCGCUGCGUGACAGUCAGGGUGCCAGAUUCCUUCGGACAGACAUGGCUGCAAAUAGCACAGAGGGGCGCUUUCAACCCCUGGACUGCAACUGGUGCAUGGUCUCAUGCCAGGCUAUGCCGCGGCCGCCAGAUGAGCCCUGAUAAAAGGAGAGUCCGGAGCGGUCACUGGCACCUAAAUGUGGCAUCGUUUUGGCAGGUUUAUUUCAACCGACAGUAGCUCAGUCUGCAGGAACUUGCAGACCGAGGGGUCGUAGAUUGGACACCCAUUGAGAACCCUUGGCCUGAUGCGGAAGACCAAGCGUGUAGAGCAGGGGUCAGUUUACUUGGGGGCCACUGGAGCUCGGGUCUGGGUGAGACUGGGCCGCAUCAGGUUUUCCAAAAAAAAACAAAACGCAUUUAUUAAAAACAAAAAUUUCCCUUUGGUUCCAAUUUUCUACAAGAAAAGCUCUGAUAAAACAUUCCACUGUUCUCAAAUAUCUUACUUUUUAUUUUUCUACACAAAAUAAGAUGAAAAUCAAGAAUAAAGAAAAUCAAUCAAUCAGUAAUAAAUAAAUAUAAUAAUAAUAAUAAUAAAACGGCAAAUAAUAAAAACUUAAGAAACCACAUAUAGUUGGUGGGUAGACAAAUUAUUUUUUUCAGAUUAAAAUGAACAAAGCAUUAUUAGAGCCCUGUAGACAUGACAA